AUUAAAUUGCUUUAGAUUUAAAGAAAGAAAUAUUAGCAAUUGUUUUGAUUGGGAUGAAACAUUUAUGAUUAGGUAGGGUGUUGACAUGGAACGUUUCGGGUUUGCGCGUGCGCACGACCCAUGUAACCCACACUAUUACCCCCUUCUCUCAAACGCGUCUGAUGUGAAAGUUCAGACUUGUGGAUCUGUCUGCUGUAUUGAAGAAAUCCUGUCGACGACACCGGACGGAUUUAUUCGGCAGUUCUGAAAGUGAACUACUUUAGAUAAGCGAGCUGGUGAUUAGCUCUUGAAAGUUGAACUACUUUAGCAAAGUUUGUGAACGAGGCUUGGGACACCAUGCCCGUUGCAACCAAUCCAAUCUGGGAUAUUAGGAAGCGCUCCAUCCAUUCUAAUAAUUUGAAUUUAACAAGAAGUAAUUUCUUAGGGAGAAAAGAGUUUGUUCAAAAGCUCAAACUUGAGACAACGUUUGAUGUACAUGAAGGCUCUGUCAACACAAUAUGCUGGAAUGGUACCGGAGAAUACAUCCUAUCUGGAUCAAAUGACAGCAAUCUGGUCAUUACAAACCCAUUCAGUCGAAAAGUGCUGGCAACCAUCAAAUCAAAGCAUGGAUCCAACAUCUACAGUGCCAGGUUUAUGCCACAAACGAACGACCAUGUGAUUUUGUCAUCAGCAGCAGAUGGAAAGAUAUUUUAUACCAACAUAGGCCAGGGUUCCAGUGUGGUCACCCAGUACCAGUAUCACUGUCAUAUUGGGGCUGCCUAUCAGUUAUUGACAGUCUCUAACGAUCCUCACUCCUUCCUGUCAUGUGGAGAAGAUGGAACCAUCAGGUGGUUUGAUGUCCGCGUUUCCCCCGGAUGCCGGCAAAGAAACUGUAAAAAGGACGUCCUCAUCGACUGUCGGAGAGCUGUGACAUGCAUGUCCCUAUCGCCCAUGGAUCCUUUCUACCUGGCGGUUGGCUGUUCUGACAGCUCUGUUCGCAUUUACGACAGGCGGAUGCUAGGCACCAUAUCAACAGGCUGCCAUUCAGGGAGUGGAGCAUCUGGAAUGUGUGCGCGCUUCGUGCCCCUGCACCUGAUCAACAAGUCAUGGCGUGUCACCUCUCUGAAUUACAGCCAGGACGGUAGGGAGGUGCUGGCCAGCUACGACUCAGAUUGCGUGUAUCUGUUUGACCCCAAAGAUGACACGGCCAGGGAGUUGAUGGCACUGUCCCAAGACAGCAGAAAUGAACCAAAGCAGGCUCCUUUCAAACGCCUGCGACUCAGAGGGGACUGGUCAGACACGGGCCCCCUGUCACGGCCAGAGAGCGAGAGGGAACAAGAUGAUCCCAGAUCAAAUGUGUCAUUGAUGCAGAGGAUGUCUGACAUCAUGUCUCAAUGGUUUGAGGAGGCCAGUGAGGCCCACAUCCGAGCUCUACCACAGUCAGACCCAAGAGGUACGUCCAUCCAGCCCGAAGGUCCAUCACAGACUCCUGGACCUUCCCCACAAACCAGUCUGGACGCUCAGGGAUGGUCAGGAGUAGAUGAUCCAUCUCAGCCUCAACCAACAGCAGCUACCUCCUCCCGCGAGUGCCCCUGUUUGGAAGAAGACACUCAUCCAGUCUCGUCCCCUUCCACUGGGUGCUGUUCCUCCUCCCUCUCCUCCCAGCCAGCAGACCUAGAUGGACAGCUUCCUCCUGUUGACCCAUACAACACUCUUCAGUUAACUCAGACUGAACACCCCGACACAGCGAAUAUGAGUGUAUUAAGUCAAGGUACAGGAGGUCUUCUACCCACAUCAUCAGAACCAGUACUGAGCCUCCAUUCCAGCACUGAAGACACCACCAGCACCAUUCAACUGGAGUUUUCACACCUAUGGAGCAAUGCAGGCCACCACCCCGGAGCCAGCCACACUCCCAGCAGCCAACCGAUGACCCACACAACAGCACAGAGCCCACAUCAACCUCAGCCAGAGGGGGGCGCUCUUACGCAUCCCAAUAACAGCUCCAGCUCUCAGACGGACUCAUCACUCCACCACAUGGACAGCACCAGAGCUCCAGAGAGGCCAGAUGCUAGCCCAGUGGAAGGAAUGGAUAGCUCUCUUGGUUCUAGCCGUGAGGAGGGGCUAUCAGGGGUAAGAGGACAACCAGGGAGCCAGAGAGAUGAGGAUGGGGAAGACGGAGAGGAGUACCCCUCUAAUGAAGCCUUGCGGUCGGUAUGGGGGCAAGGAUUCAGGUCGACAUUAAGUGACAGAAUGCUCAGGCGUUCUGCUGCUGUUCGUAUUCAGGAGAUUUUCAGGCGGAGGAAAGAGAGGCUCGAGCUAGCAGAGAGUGAAAACCGACACAUUGCGAAGCCCUCAGUGAAAAUGGCCUACAAGGGCCACCGUAACUCCAGGACUAUGACCAAAGAGUCGUGUUUCUGGGGGGAACACUUUGUGCUGAGUGGCUCCGACUGCGGACACAUCUUCAUCUGGGACCGCCACACAGGGGAGCAUCUGAUGCUGCUGGAGGCGGACAACCACGUGGUCAACUGUCUGCAACCACACCCGUAUGAACCCUUGCUUGCCACCUCUGGGAUAGAUUCUAACAUCAAGAUCUGGUCACCUAUGGAGGAAUCCCCUUCAUUUAACAGAUUAUUAGCAGAGAAGGUGAUCUCCCGUAAUGAGCUGAUGUUGGAGGAGACAAGGAACACCAUCACUGUCCCAGCAUCUUUUAUGCUGCGGAUGUUGGCUUCACUCAACCACACCUUUAGAGCAGACUCUGAGAAUGGAGAACGCUCAGAGGGUUCUGGGCAAGAGAAUGAAGAUGAUCAAUAAUUGUUCUGCUGUUCUGUUGAAGCCCUACAUGUUUAACAAUAAGCAGUCUUUUAUCAUGGAAAUCGUAUUUUUUGUGUACUUGUUGAAACUGUGUGGUGCAGAACUAUAGUCUAUUGUAAAGGGAUGUUUUAAAUCUCUAUCUCGUUAAAUGUGUUUUGGUAUUAAACAAUUGCAACAUUUCACAUUAAGGUAACAUUAACUACCAUAUAACUACAGUGCAACACCUAUAGUAACAACAUUAUAGUUACGUUGGAACUGAUAUGUAGUUACCCUUUGCAGUUUAGUGGUAGAAGUUGUUACACAAGGGACACUUGGCAUUGGGGAGGUUGGACUUUCCUGGGAUAUGUGGAUGUUGACAUUGAUUUUAUUUGUAACACAACCUUCAAUUAUUGGUAACACAACCUUCAAUUUUCCCUUUACAUUGUAAAGUAUAUAUGGUAAAGUUGACAAAAUACACUUACACUUUAAACCCCUCCUCCAUAGUGUACCUACUUACACUUACCUAUCCUGGUAACACUUAAUGCCAUUUAACUACACUGCAAUUCCCAUGUCCAUACAAUGUUUUUCCUCUUGAUAUUACUGUGCAGUUAGAUGGUAGUUAAUGUAACCUUAAUGUUACCUAAGUGUUGCCAAAAAAACGAAACAAAAACAAAAUAGGUACCUUAUUUUUUCUGAUUUGUCAUUAUAUUAAAUUAGCAGUGCUGCCUAAA